ACAACUCAUAACAUUGGGAUGCAGAAUGGCAGAAGUUCCUCAAGAAAACGUUUUGGACCCCUUGGCAACCAAGAUGGGAGUCCCAACUGACAUGAAAUUUAUUGACAAUUCAAUGGACUUUGACCGAGCUCUUGGCUCUGUAGCUUCAUGAAACCUUCAUCAAUCAUCGCUUAUGGAGAAGUCUAUAUGUUUUCUGGUGUUUUUCCUGGGCGAAGGUCUGUGUUUGUUAUGUGCUGGACUGUACUACAUGUACCUACCAGUGGAGAGGGUCGGCACGCGGGUUCGACACAUAGUGGCCCUUGUUAUCGGUAUUCUGAUUGGGACGCUCAGUUUCGGAUGGCAGUUUUGUCACAUGUACGCCCAGACAACCCUUUGUUACAUUGCUAUGCUGAUUCUACCAAGCUCCUGCAUGCAUAUAGGGGUGUUUGUCCUAGCCAUGGGUUACCUUGUGACGUUACAUCUAUAUCGAGCGUACAUGAUACCUGAGGAUGUCCUGUACAGUAUUGAUGUCUCUGGCCCAGUUAUGAUUGUCACACAAAAGAUAACCAGUCUAGCUUUUAGUGUACACGAUGGUUGCUAUGGAAACAAAGACAUAAUGUCAGAUUUACGGAAACGAUACAUUGUCAGUCGUCAGCCCAGCCUGCUGGAGUACUAUAGUUACAUGUUUUACUUCCAAGGCGUUGUGGUGGGACCGUUGUGUUUCUACAAGGACUAUAUCUCGUUUGUGGAGGGGGCAGAUAUCUCACCAAAGAAGGGGAAGAAUGGAUUGGAAAAUAAUAAUGUGUACCAGUCCAACAGAAAACUGUCUCCGUUUAAUGUAGUUGUGUACAAGUUGUGUAUCGCUCUGUUCUGGUUGGGGUUCCAUUUCACCUUCAAACCUGUCUACCCUGAAAUGCUUAAUGCAGAUUUAGAGUUUAUCAGAAGUCAUGUGUUUCUAUACAGAGUGUGGUACAUGUUGAUCUCAAUGCUGUGUUGUCGAGCCAAGUAUUAUGUGGCUUUUACACUAGGUGAUGCCAUAUGCAAUGCGAGUGGACUUGGAUUCAAUGGUUAUGACAGCGAGGGGAAUCCAAAGUGGGAUCUCAUCACAAAUGUUAGCAUAAGGGGCAUCGAGGGAGCGACCAGUUUCAAAACGUAUGUGGACAACUGGAACAUUCAGACCGCCACAUGGCUGAGGCAUGUUUGUUAUGAUCGUAUACCUGUACAGAAGCGUUUUUUCACCUUCUUUCUUAGUGCGCUGUGGCAUGGCUGCUACGCGGGAUAUUACUUCACAUUUGUAUCUGCAGUGCCCUUAUCUGAAGUGGCACGAAAGGUGCGAAGAAAAAUUCGUCCAUAUUUCCAAACAAGCGAGGGUCGUAAAAUGGCGUACAACAUAUUGACAUGGUUUUCCACUCACAUUGUGAUAUCUUACAUGGUCGUGCCCUUCACUAUUCUCCACCUGGGCCCGACCUUUAUUUUCUACAGUUUUAACUUGUACUGGAAUGUUCAUAUCCUGGCUGUGGCAAUCUUCGUGAUCUUGCGUUAUAUACCCACAUAUAAAAAUUCAGCAGAGGAGAACAUUACUCAGAAGGAACUAGUCUCCACAACUCAAAAUAACCUACACUCCUCAUUUAAACAACAGCCAAAUGCCUCAUCAGUUAAACAGCCUGAUGUUGACAUUUUGAAAAAUGAAUAGAUAUACAAAAUUAUUGUAUAGCUGAAGCAUAGGAAUACAUGUUUAAGAAGUUAUAUGUGUGGAUAUAUUUAUGUAUCCUGGUAUAAGCAUUAGUUACUUAUAUUUUAAACUAUAUAUGUAUCAUAGUCUCAAUUCUUAUAUCUCUUUUUUUGUUUUUGGUGUUCUUUUUAAGUAAAUGAACUUUUAAUUGACAAGAUAUUGUCCUUGUUUGAUUUUAAGUUUUGCUUUUUACAUUAUUAUCAGUAUAAAUUGUGCUACUGUUCUUGUUGGGUAUUCAAGUAAAUUGAUUUGGAAGUUCACUUUUAUAGUAUUUCAAUUAUAAAUUGUGCUAUUGUCUUAAUUACUAGUCAAAUAAAUUUGAUUUCUGAAGUUUACUUUUAAAGUAUUUCAAUUAUAAAUUGUGCUAUUGUCUUAAUUAAUAGUCAAGUAUAUUUGAUUUCUGAAGUUCACUUUAAUAUUAGUUUGAUUAUAAAUGGUGCUUUCGUCUUAUUAAUAUUCUAGUAAAUAUGUUUCCUGAAGUUUGCUUUUAAUUUAUUUUCAUUACAAUUUUUGCUGUAAUGUCUUAUUUACUAGCCAAGAAAAUUUAGUUUCUGAAAUAAAAAAAAUUCUUACCUGUAUAGAUAAAUUCAAGAAUGUGUCAUAAAACAGAAUUUUUAAAAACCACCGUAUUUUUAGACAUAAAUAUUUACUGAUACAUUUAUUGAAAUAACCUUUACCAGUUCUUAAUCCAAGGGCCACAGUCAUAUGUAUACAUGAAUGUGAUCGCAUUUCUUGAAUAUCCAAAUUUAUUCUAUACCUAAUUUAUAUGUCCAAUUGUAGACUCUUUAUUUUCAACACAUGACCAUACAAUAUACUUCAGUAAUGGGCUGGAUCCGCUUAAAAAUACAUAGUAUUUUUUCUGUAUUGUAAAAUUCACAGGUGUCAUGUUAAACCUAUGAAACCGAGACAAGGUAAAGGUUCUGAAUGAAAAUCAGAAUCGACAGAUGCUCAAGUUACUGACAAAAAUCCUCUUUAAUAACCAUGACCAAUUCUAGUUUGUUUACAAACAAAACAUCAAACUAUUGUUUUAAUCUAAUAUCAGUGCCUUUAUGAUUAAUAUAAUUGGAAUAAUGAGGGUAUAGAAUAAAUACGUUAUUUGACAUUGUUCUGCACAAACGGGAUACAUUUGGACUACGUAUAUGCAUGUAGCUAAGAAAACCAUAUUGGACUUGCCAUAACAGCUCAUACGAUAUGAUUUUCACAGCUGUGUACUCGUCCAAAUAUAUCUCUGUAUUAUACAGAACAAUGUUAAAACAAACUAUAAAUGGUAUCAGUGGUUACUAUAGUUACUAAUAGGAAGCUACUAGCGAAUGUUAGUUCCAUAACAUUGAAUGCAUCACUGUAUAUAAUUGUGUGAAUUAUUAGUUUUUUGUAUAGAGAAAACUUAAGAUAUAUUUGUAUGAACUGAAACUUGUUAUUAUUUGGUCCUUGUAUAUAUCUAUUAUCAGUACUGCAUUCUGAUUGGAUGAACUAGAUAUCAGUUGACCAAUGGUAUACAAGGUUUGAAUUAUUGGCUAAAAAUACUCAUUUUGCAGAAUAUGUUACUCAUGUUUAAUCAUGAUAAAUAAUUGUUGAAAAUGUAAAAGAUAAAGAUUGAUCAAAUGUUUGUGUGUUUAUGCUGUGUGUAUCCAUUUUAAAUGUCAUGUUGUUAGAAGCUUUUUUAAAGAGUGGCAAAGAAUUUUUUUAAUCAUAUCAGUAGAAGCAUUAUAUAGUUUUAUGAAAGUCAUUCCAUUUUAAUUUAUGUUAUUAGUAGAUUUUUAUCAAGUGUUGAGUGAAAGGGAACUAUGUGAAUGUCUGUCCAAUACAUUAUAGCCAAGCGAAAUAUAUAAAUUGUGCAUGCACAAAUAUUCCAGUUUUGAAAAAGCCCCGAGUUAGCAGGUUCUGAAGAUGGCUUAAUUCUGGAAAUUAUAACAAGCUUUGAGGGAGUGCCUCUCUGUAUCACAGUUACAUUUAUGUUUUCGUAAAUUUCAUGUUAGCCUUUCAAUAAGUAUUUAAACUGUAUGUUGGUUAAACUUUAAGAGGGUUUUUCAAGACUUAAAUUAUGUUUGGAAAAAUAGUUUUUCAAUAAAAAUCUAAUUGUCAAAAAAUUAUCCCAUUGUUCAAGUGAGUGUCACGGGAAUAUUUAUGACGAUGAUUUUAAUUUUUAAAUAUUGAAUGUUAUGUUGUUGCUUUUAGGACCAAUGUGUAGGUCACAAAGUUGUUGAAUUAAAUGUUUAAGGUUGGCUUGAUGUGUGAAAUUAAUGUUUUAAGGUUGGCUUGAUGUGUGAAAUUAAUGUUUUAAGGUUGGCUUGAUGUGUGAAAUUAAUGUUUUAAGGUUGGCUUGAUGUGGUAAAUUUAAUGUUUUAAGGUUGAUGUGUUUUGUUUAUCAGUUUUUGUGCAAUAAAGAUUACGUAGACUUGCCAUGUAUAUAUUUAGUUGGAGUUUAAAACAAAUGCUCUGUUGUGUAGGAUUUUUUGAAAGUUUGUUUAAGUUAUUAAGACAUGAUGCAUGCAAGCAAAUAAUAAAAUUUUGAUUGUAUGGUUCUUAUUGCCAAACAGUUUUCCAAUAAAAAUUAAUAGAGUUUAAUUUAAAUGAUUUGCUAUCGAAUUAUUGACAGAGUUAAUGUUAAAAAAAUUGUAUUUAUAGAGUGUGAGAUUAGACAGGCUUAACUUUUCAUGUUAAACGUGAGAUUGCCCCGGUGUUUUCAGAAUGUAACCUUUCAUCACCAUUACAAGUAUUACAACGCAUGUGUGGGAUUGAGUUUGAUUUAGCAUUAAAUUAUCUAGUCUAAUUUUCGCAGAAAAAGAUAACAAGGUUUUGUAAUUGCCUUGGUGUUGUUGUUGACGUCUAUAUCGAUAUUUUCAGAUGUUUCUGCAAUGGAUCAUGUUAAAAAUUACCUAAUGUUUGAAUUAAUUUUUUUUUAUUCUGUUUUUAAAAAAUAUACACUAUUUCGAGACGACCCUCAUACAUAAGUAAUAUGUCUGUAAUCUGUACAUCUUAAGCUUAUAUAAGGCUGAACUGCACAAAUGUAUUUAUUUCCAUGAAUGCUAAAUAAUCGCGUAACUAAUGGUAAGAUACUAAUUAGUCAGAAAACAUUUUAAUCUCAACACAUAUCUUCACAAAUGUCUCAGAAAAAAUUUAAGCAUGUAAUAAAAUGAGUUUUUUUUUAUAUUUUAAGAUCCUUCUCUUUCAAAUGUCUACUUGUUCAUUUUUACUGUUAAAAUUCUUAUCAAAAUAAGGUCAGAAAGUAUUUCAAUAAUCAUUAUUAAAUUGAGAAUAAAAUAGCUAUAAAAAAAAUAUUACUUUUCAGGUUCUGUUGUGUUAUAUUUGUAUUUUAAUUUAAGUAUUUAGCUGUAUCGCAUCUGAAAAUAUCAUAUUGGCAUGAAAGAAAUAAAGCCAGUAACGUUCCUAGUCAUUUCUUAGUUGUUUCUUAUAAAGAGCUAAAAUAUGGCUGAAUUUUGUUAUUGUCCGAUUCACUAUGUAAAUCAUGUUCUUUGUAAUUUUCAUGCUAAUAAAGCUGGGGCCUGUUUUAAUAAGAUAUCUGAGCUAAGUCAUAAAACCUUGCACUGCUUUAGGGUGCUCGGAACACCCGUAAAGUGACAGGCAAAAUCUAUUUUAUCUAUUCAGCACUUUACGCCAAAAAUAGAAUAACGCAUGAAAUUUUACAAUCUUAGGCCUUUUCUAUCUUUUUAAAAAAGGGGCCCAAGUCUUUUAUUAACUUUUUUAUCCACCAAGCGCAUCCAAUUGCAACAUUAUAUUUCAAAAUGACCAGUUUUAUAUUUAUCAGCAUUUAAAACGAAGGUACCUUGAGAUUGAGAGAAUAAGUGUUGUAUUGUGUUCAUUCAAGUUUAGACAGUUAAGAAAUACUUAAACUUUGCUGUACAGGACAUCUCUAAAUAUGUAUACUUGUAGAUACACGUUAUUAAGUCAGCUUUUUGCACUAGUGAGCAAAUCACACUGGAAUUGUUUUUUCUUUUAUAUUUAAUUAAAACGGUGCACAAGUUCCAUGAUCAUAAUUGUGGCACAUUUCAUGAGGCACCAAUAUCAGUAACAUGUCUUUAUUGCUUAAUUAAUUUUAAAGUCAAACUAUUGAUAACAUUUAUCAAUGGCAAAUAAAAAUAAUCUGGACAAUACAACUCCUUAUAAGGAUAAUAUAAACAUUUUGCUAGAUUUUUAUCCAUAUUUUAUAAAUGGGGACUGGGGGUGAUAUUUAAAAAAAAUGACUGUUUAACCGAUGAGAAAACCAUAUACACAUACAAACGUGUUUCAAGAUGAACCACAAACAAGAUCAUUACAAUUUGCUCUUUUAAAUGUGAAUGUUUACAUCACUAUUGUAGGUACCAGUAUUAAUAAACCCAUUCCCAGACAGUACUGGACCAAUACUUUUAUUUUUACUUGAGUCAAUAAGCUUUUAGUGGCCGCUGAAUAAAGAGGGGGCAGGCGGAGAUAAAUAUCUAGCAAUUCAUUUAUAGUCAGCUAAGGGACUGAGUAAGAAAGUUAGUGAAUGGAAAAUUGCAGCUAGUCUAUGAUAAUAUCCUCGUUUCUUGUAAAAACAUCGUGGUUUGCCUUAAGUUGAUGUCUUCUGCUCUAUUGGUGCUUAAUUCUUUUUUUAAUUCCAAUAUGUACCGAAAAAUCAGUAUGUUACAGGGCCGGCAUUAAAACGUCUUCAGUCAUUUCCUAACGUAAGUCACUUUCCUUAUUUAAGUUCCGAGGGUUACUGUAUAUCAUAUUUGAAAAAUGAUAGCAUGAUAACAUAAUAAUUUCUGGAAUUAUAUGUAUUUUCAUGCACUUAAUUGCAAGAAACAAACAUUUGCUUUAAAGGCAUUAACACUUUAAUUUGACUAUGAACAUUUGAGAAAUUCGUCUUAAGUUAGGAAAUGACUGAGAUGUUUUAUGAGCACCAGGCGAGACCCAUCCUCAUGAAGAAAAGUCUGGAGUCUGGACAUAAUGAUUCGUUUGCUAAUAUCGAUGUUUAUGUGUGCUUUUCAAAUUUUUAAUUUGAGUGCCAAUAAAACUGCUUUUAUUUAAAAAAUAUAUCAGAAUGACCAUUAUUAUUAUGAAAAAUAUUUGGUAAUCUAGGUAAUAUAAUUUUGUAAAAUAAAUACAAGUAUGCUUAAGUUUAGUGCUUUCGCCAUUUUGAAUGUAUAAGCUGUGAUGAAUUAAAAGGCUAAAAGUAGUUUUAUACCUGUCCUAAUAAAUAUA